GACGAUUUCAUAUUUAUUUAUUUUAUUUUGACCCUUAUAUAAUAAAAGUGAUAAAUACAACAUCUGAUUUAAUUCCUACAAAUUGGGGGCUCGUCCGGGAUAAAUAAAAUUAAAAAAAUCUCGGAGAUUACGGCGGAUGAAGACGGAUUUUUAUAAAAAGAACAAGACUGACAGUUGCAAAUUUUACAUGAAAAUUUUUCUUCGCAUCACAACGCCUUCAGGUCUGAACAUAUACCAUUUUAAGACGUAACGACGACGACAAGAAGAUGCCACGGACGACGACGGGAGAUGACGGGGAGGCAGUCGGAACAUCAGGACCGCUCACGUACACGGAGGAGCUGGUAGCUAAGUUCAGUGGGUGCGACCAGACCGAUUCCGCAGCACGGUGGGCGCAGGAGGUCGAUGACAACGCCGAGAUCUUCGGGUGGACGGAGCUGCAGCGGCUGAUCGUGGGGCGCAGGUCACUGACCGGUACGGCGGCACUCUGGCUGCGUUCAGAGAAACCCUUCAAGACGUGGGAGGCUCUGAAGACGGCGGUCACCAAGGAGUUCCCAGACACCGUAGAUUCCAAGACGAUCCAUGAGUUAAUGAGCAGUCGGAAGAAGAAAGCAAAUGAGACGUGCCUAGACUACAUGCUGUUAAUGAAAGAGCUCGGCAAGCGAGGCAAGAUGCCCGACUACGUCGCUAUAAAAUAUAUCGUGGACGGAAUACUAGAUGACGAGUUACAUAAGGUGAUGCUGUACGGGGCUACAACCUACAGUGAGUUGAAAGAUAAGUUGAAAAUAUAUGAAACUGUAAAAGCGAAGAUGAAGACGCAGCAGCAAAUGCAGCACAAAAGAUGGCAACCUAGCGAUGCAGCUGAAAAGAGUGACAGGAGAAAAUGCUACAGUUGUGGAGAAAUCAGUCACAUUUCCCCUGAGUGUCCACAUAAAAACAGAGGGAUGAAGUGUUUUAGGUGCAACUCAUUUGGUCAUAUAUCAUCAGAAUGUCGACAACAACCAAAAUACGAUGAAGUUUGCAACGGUGAGAUUCGCAAAUCAACAACAAUGGCGGCGAGUGCAACCAACGAUGCAAAUUUUCGUCCAACGAUGCGUUCGAAAAGAAGUUCCCAACAACAGCCGACAACAUCACGUCAAACGUUGUGCAUCGUUGACUCACUCAUUGAAGGUGUGAACGAAAAAGGUGAAAGAUGUCAAUGUCAAAAACAACAACAACAAACAAUCAUGUCAAUUAAGAGAGGCGAAAUUAUGGAAAAUAAGACGAUUAAAGACGAAAAGAAGGAUAAUGAGGAUAUUAAAAGACACACAACAGUGGUGGAAAUACGCGGAAAAGAAGUGAAUGCUCUGAUUGAUUCCGGAAGCGAUGCCAACGUGAUUUCUAUGGACUUGUACCAGCAGAUCGGUUCGCCGGAGUGUUUCGACGACAACAAGAUAUACACAGGACUUGGUUCGCAAGUGAAAUCAGUCGGAGAGUGCUUAUUAAAUGGGAUGGUGAAUCGACAAGAAUAUAAGGACAUCAAUUUUGCAAUUAUGGCCACUAAAGACGUACCACACUCGAUGAUUUUAGGCAAUCCUUUUCUAAAAAAUGUAACAUGUCUUAUAAAUGACGGUAAGGUGAUGUUGUUGCCAACAGACGAAGAGUUAAUACCUACCAAUAUAGGUUAUCAGGUGGACAAAGAAGUUAAACAAAAGGUGAAGAGGAUGGUACAAUCCUAUGAACCAAAGACUGAGAAGGAUGUGAACAGAGAAGUACAUCAAAUUUUGAAAGAUGAGAUACCAGUAAUUCAGCGACCGAUACGGUUAGCUUUGAAGGAGCAGCGAGGAGUAGAAAAGCAAGCAGUGAAACAGUUCCCAGUGCCAAAAGUUGUACACUGCAGUGGCAGCAGAAUGCAGCUUACAGGUGAACUAAGAUGUAACCCAACUAAUUGCAUAAUUUCAGAAUGUCAAAGAAGAAUAAGGAGAAUGCAAGCAGAAUAUGAGAGUCUCAAGGUGAUUAUGGAGAUGUUAAAAGAAAAAGGAUAUCAAGAUUACUGUAUGAGCAAUGGACUGUUACACAAGGGUAUGCAUAUGCAACUGAUCACACCAAGAGGUCUGAAAGGAGUAGAAAUGAAAAUAAUUAAGAGACUUCAGAAUAUUGCCCACAGAAAGAAGAAAGUAAAAGAGAUGAAAAGAAAGGAGGAAAAGAAGAUAAAACGAAAGAAGACAAGAAAGAAGAAAAGAAAGGAAGUUAUAUUGGGGGAAAGAAAGAUAAAAGUGAUGAUGAACGAAUGA